GUUGUUGUAGGCUCCAGCUAAAAAGGGAAUUGCCAAGAAAUCCAUCAAACACACAAACAAUAUUUCCUAGUAAUUGAUAAUAAUGUCUUUGAAACAGAAACCUCCUUUGUAAAAAUGAGACUUCAAUUCAACAACCACAUUCUCAAUAAUCAACAACAACAUUAUUAUUAUUAUGGCAUUAAAGAUUUUAACACCAAUCUGGGUUUCUUCUAAUUACUCAUUUUCUCAAUUGGGUAUCUUUGAUUCUACCCAAAACAAGAAAAAGUGUCAACCUUUAAGUGUAAAGAUUCAAAAUCUUGGAAAUUUGAAGAAAUGGGAGUGUUUGGGAUUGAAGUUAGCAGAGCCUGAAAAAGCACAAACACAUGUUGAAGAUGAUAAGCCAUCUGAUUUGGGUUCAAGUUGUAUUGAUGACAAAAAUCAGAUCACUGAAUCUAAAGGUUUUCAUAAAGAUUUGAAUUCUUUGCCAAAGCCAUUAUCGGCAAGUGAUCUUGUCUCUUCUAGUAAUGAUGGCUCAAAGGUCCGAGUUGCUUACCAGGGCCUGCCAGGUGCGUAUAGUGAGGCUGCCGCUCUUAAAGCUUACCCAAAAUGUGAAACAGUUCCUUGUGACCAGUUUGAAUCUGUAUUCAAGGCUGUUGAGUUAUGGUUGGUGGAUAAAGCAGUACUCCCAAUUGAGAACUCUGUAGGUGGAAGUAUUCAUCGAAAUUAUGAUUUACUUCUCCGUCAUCGGCUGCACAUUGUUGGUGAAGUGCAGAUGAUUGUUAAUCACUGCCUCUUGGGUGUGCCUGGAGUAAGAAAGGAGGAACUCAAGCGUGUUUUAAGCCACCCUCAGGCACUCGAUCAAUGUGAGAUAGCACUGAACAAAUUAGGUGUUGUGAGAGUUAGUGCCGAAGAUACUGCACUUGCAGCUCAGAUCGUAGCCUCUGAAGGCAUACGAGAGACUGGAGCAGUUGCAAGUUCUCGAGCCGCCGAAAUCUAUGGACUUGACAUUCUAGCACAAACGAUUCAGAAUGAUUUAGAUAAUGUAACUCGUUUUCUGAUACUAGCAAGAGAACCUAUCAUCCCAGGAACCGACAGGCCCCAUAAGACGAGCAUUGUCUUUACAUUAGAAGAAGGCCCUGGGGUACUAUUUAAAGCAUUAGCAGUGUUUGCUUUGCGGGAGAUUAACUUGUCAAAGAUUGAAAGCCGGCCCCAAAGGAAACGUCCACUCAGGAUUGUUGAUGACCGCAACAAAGGGAGUGCCAAAUACUUUGACUAUCUAUUUUACAUUGACUUUGAAGCUUCAAUGGCUGAGCCCCGUGCGCAGUAUGCUCUCGGGCAUCUACAGGAAUUUUCUAGGUUUCUUCGCGUUCUUGGCUGCUACCCGAUGGAUACAGCAUUAUAAAUCGGGAGUUUUCUUGACCUAUAUCAGAAUAGAAACGAUCACCCAGGCCUUUGGCAGAUCUGAUAUAUCAAACCCUUUCUUUUAUUCAUUUUCUCAUGUUGCCAGCAAUUUAGGUGGUCGUUGCACAGCAAAAUUAAUUCGGAACCACUCCUUUUUUCUUUUAUAUAUUUUGUUUCCAUGUAUUUUGCGGAUGGAGUUGUUGUUUACUAGUUGUAAAAAAAAAGGUUUCAUGCAUAGUUUUGUGACAAUGGAUUCUUUGCAUCAUAAUGCACCUGGCUCAAAA